AUACCUUAUCCAUCUCACUUCAACCCAGCUGAGCAAAACGAAGUGAACAGUGUUUGGUGCAAACACAGGGACUCUAUGAUUAAGUACCGGGCUCAGAAGCCUCCCCCUGGGCAGCACAGGCACUGUGAGAGAUGUUUCAGCCGGCACUGCCGUGCACCAAUUGAGCCCUCCAUCUCCUGCAUGGUGAUCAGCUGCCGCCUUCACUGUGGGGCCACCUUUCACAUGUGCAAGGAGGAGGAGCACCAAUUGCUCUGUCCCUUAGAGCAUGUGUCCUGCCUCAACUCAGCCUAUGGCUGUCCUUUCUCCAUGGCCCGCUUUAAGCUAGCGAAGCACCUUCAGGUUUGUCCAGCCAGUGUUGUCUGCUGCUCAAUGGAGUGGAAUCGUUGGCCGAAUGUGGAUUCAGACACAACCCUCCAUGAGAACAUUAUGAAGGAAACCUUGAAUGAAGACUGUCUUGACACGGCCUUGGCCCUCAGAGACCAGAAUAUACUUUUCAGGACUUUGAAAAUGGCUGAAUUGUUUCCAGAAUGGAGGGAAAAGUCUGAAGUGGAAGAGCUAAAGGAUGAAGACACAGGGGAGGAAGAAGGUGCUGUGGGAGGAUUAACCUGUGGUUCCCAAGGUGAUAACCAAUCAUCUGAGCUUAGCCAACGUGAGCGUGAAGAAUUAGCAAAAGACAAAGAAGGAAUGGAUCUGGGGGGUUACAAAACCUGGGAGAACAUUUUCAGCAAAGAGCUCUCAGCUUGCCAGGUUACAGGCUCAGCAGCCAGCACAGCAAAGAAAACAGCAUCAGCCCCCAGCACUGAUACCUCCACAAAGAAGGCAAAGGAAGCACCUGAUGUAGAAGAAGCAAAAGACCAAAAGCCAGCACAGGUAUCAUCAAAUGCAGAAAUGACAGGACUGGCUCCCUGGCAAGAAGGAGUCCUGGAGAGGUUGAAGAAAGAAGUUGGUGUAGCUGAUUACAAUAUGUAUCUGGUACAUCACGGAGGAAUGCUCAUUCGCUUUGGCCAGCUAGCUGCCUGCACUCCCAAAGAAAAAGACUUUGUGUAUGGGAACUUAGAAGCUCAGGAGGUAAAGACUGUGUACACCUUUAAAGUGCCAGUUAGCUAUUGUGGCAAAAGAGCACGACUAGGAGAUGCCUUGGGACACAAGAUGCCAACCUCAGAGAAGUUGGUAGACACCUCAGAAUUGGGAAUAAGCAUAGAAGAACUACCUAAAGCAAAUAUAAUUAAAACCACACUGUUGUGUGCACUGGAAAAAGAACUGAAAGGCCAUGAGAUCUCUGAAGCAAGGGGUAUUGAUGGACUUUUUGUGGAUUUUGCAACACAGACCUACAACUUUCAGGUGGAGCCCUUCUCCUCCACUACCGUUCUGGCAGAUAUUGUGGAUGAAAAAAGUGCACUCGAACUCCACGUGGAGCUCUACACAGAAUGUGUAACAAGGAGACACAACAAAAGCAGUUCAGCUUUCACAUUCACGUGCAGUCACUUCUUCAGGAGGGACGAGUUCCCAUCACAUUUCAAGAAUGUGCAUGCUGAUAUCCAGUCAUGUCUGGAUGGAUGGUUCCAGCAUCGUUGUCCACUGGCCUACUUGGGAUGCACCUAUGUUCAAAACCACUUCCGCCCUGCUGGACUUAAGGCCAAGGUUAUAUACAGCCAGCCUCUCAAGACAUUUGCUAUUAAACCAGAGGUUGACACCCUUCUGGCUGAAUCAGGGAAAUUCAACUCCACAGUGGUUAAUAGAGGGAGAAAUAAAGACUCACUGAGUAGCCUUCCAGUAGAAGUGCUCAAGUACAUUGCUGGGUUCCUGGACAGCUUCAGCUUAUCUCAGCUAUCACAAGUGUCAGUGCUCAUGCGGGAAAUCUGUGCCACUCUUCUUCAAGAGAGAGGAAUGGUCCUACUGGUUUGGGAGAAAAAAAGAUAUUCCCACGGAGGUACUUCAUGGAAAGCUCGCAGAAAGAUCUGGCAGUUCAGCAGCCUGUUUUCCACAGUUAACAAAUGGCAGUUCAAUGAUGCUAUAAGCAUGUCUGAACACCUGAAGAAUUGUCCUUUCUACGACGUGGAGCACAAGAAGGACCCUGUGUUGCUGCCAAGCAUGCAUGAACCUCAAGAACAGAUUCAAAAGACCCUGGUCUCUACUUUCAAGCGCAGAUUCUGA